AUGACUGAACUACGCUUUGAUAACCAGACGGUUGUUGUCACGGGCGCCGGCGGCGGCCUAGGAAAGGCAUAUGCCCUCUUCUUUGCCUCGAAGGGUGCUAACGUUGUUGUGAAUGAUCUCGGUGUCUCAUCAAAAGGUGAAGGCAAAUCAGCAAAGGCAGCAGACGUCGUUGUCGACGAGAUUCGUGCCGCCGGCGGAAAGGCCGUCGCCAACUAUGAUAGCGUCGAAAACGGUGAAGCUAUCAUUGAUACAGCAAUUAAGAACUUUGGUCGUAUCGAUGUACUCCUCAAUAACGCCGGUAUCUUGCGGGAUAUCAGCUUUAAGAACAUGAAGGAUGAAGACUGGGAUCUCAUCAACCGCGUUCACACUUACGGAGCAUACAAGUGCGCACGAGCUGCAUGGCCUCACUUCCGGAAACAAAAGUAUGGCCGUGUUAUCAAUACCGCCUCUGCCGCCGGUCUCUACGGUAACUUCGGCCAGGCGAACUACUCUGCUGCCAAACUAGGCCAGGUUGGCUUUACAGAGACUCUGGCCAAGGAAGGCGCCAAAUAUAAUAUUAUUGCCAAUGUCAUUGCUCCUAUUGCUGCUAGCCGCAUGACUGCCACUAUAAUGCCACCAGAUGUCCUGGAGAGUCUGAAGCCUGAUUGGAUUGUUCCCUUGGUUGCCGCUUUGGUACACUCAUCCAAUACGACCGAGAGUGGUGGUAUUUUCGAAGUUGGUGGCGGCCAUAUGGCCAAAAUUCGAUGGGAGCGUGCCAAGGGAGCUUUGCUGAAGACAGAUGUAUCUCUGACCCCAGGUGCUAUUGCCCGCAAGUGGGAUGACGUCAACGAUUUCUCCAAACCUGAGCACCCAACUGGACCUGCUGACUUUAUGGGUCUUCUGGAAAAUGGGCUGAAGCUGUCUAGCGCUCCGAAGGGAGAGGAACCCGACUUUAAGGGCCGCGUUGCCCUCGUCACUGGCGGCGGUGCUGGCCUAGGUCGCGCAUACUGCUUGCUUUUCGCCAAGUACGGUGCCUCCGUUGUUGUUAACGAUCUGGUGGACCCCGAGCCUGUGGUUCAGGAGAUUAAGAAACUCGGUGGCCAGGCCGUUGGCAACAAGGCCAACUGCGAAGAUGGUGACGCCGUAGUCAAGUCUGCUAUCGACGCUUUUGGUCGCAUCGAUAUCUUGAUCAAUAACGCUGGUAUCCUGCGUGACAAAGCUUUCACCAACAUGGAUGACAACCUGUGGAACUCGGUCAUCAACGUUCACCUUCGUGGUACCUACAAGGUGACCAAGGCCGCCUGGCCUUACUUCCUGAAGCAGAAGUAUGGCCGUGUGGUCAACACUGCCAGUACCAGCGGUAUCUACGGCAACUUUGGCCAAGCCAACUACGCCGCGGCCAAGCUGGGAAUCUUGGGUCUGUCCCGUACCUUGGCUCUGGAGGGUGCCAAGUACAACAUCAAGGUCAACACCAUUGCCCCAAAUGCUGGUACCAACAUGACCCGUACUAUCAUGCCUGAGGAGAUGGUCCAGGCUUUCAAGCCCGACUAUGUCGCUCCUCUGGUUGUUCUACUGUCCUCUGAUGCAGCCCCUGAGCCCUCAACUAAGGGUCUGUUUGAAUGUGGAAGUGGCUGGUUCAGUCGCACUCGCUGGAACCGCUCUGGCGGCCACGGUUUCCCCGUGGACGUCAAGCUAACCCCCGAGGCCGUCGUAUCCAAGUGGAAAGAUAUUACCAAUUUCGACGAUGGACGUGCUGAUCACCCCGAGGAUGGCUUGGCAGGUAAUGAGCGUAUCAUGGCUAACAUGUCCAAUCGUUCCGGCGGAGAUCAGAAUGAGAUCCUCCAGAACAUUGAAAAGGCUAAAUCCGCAAAAUCCGAGGGAUCUACUUUCAACUAUGAGGAUCGUGAUGUUAUCCUCUACAACCUCAGCGUGGGUGCUAAGCGCACUGAUUUGCCUCUGGUCUACGAGAACAGCGAGCAUUUCCAGGCUCUUCCCUCUUAUGGAGUGGUCCCCUGGUUCAAUACCUCCGCCCCUUGGAAUUUUGACGACAUUGUUAAGGAUUUCUCACCCAUGAUGCUCCUCCACGGAGAGCAGUAUAUGGAGGUUCGCAAGUUCCCAAUUCCCACCACCGCCAAAACGGUGACAUACCCUAAGCUCAUCGACGUUGUCGAUAAGGGUAAUGCCGCGCUAGUCGUGACUGGCUUCACCACAAAGGACGCCAAGACCGGCGAGGACCUCUUCUACAACGAGUCGACUGUCUUCAUCCGUGGCAGUGGUGGCUUCGGUGGCUCUCCCAAGCCCACUAGUGUGCGUGCCAAGGCUGCCACCGCUGCUUACAAGCCACCCAACCGCCAGCCCGAUUCCGUAAUUGAGGAGAAGACCUCUGAAGAUCAAGCAGCGCUCUACCGUCUCAACGGCGAUCUCAACCCCCUUCACAUUGACCCUGAAUUCAGUAAGGUCGGCGGCUUCAAGACUCCUAUUUUGCACGGACUGUGCUCGCUCGGUAUCUCAGGCAAGCACGUCUUCGGCAAAUACGGGGCUUACAAGAACCUGAAGGUUCGGUUUGCUGGUGUUGUUCUGCCCGGUCAGACCCUCCGCACCGAGAUGUGGAAGGAGGGAAACACCGUGCUCUUCCAGACUAUCGUUGUCGAUACUGGAAAGCCUGCCAUCACUGGCGCCGGUGCCGAGCUCCUUGAGGCUGCAAAGGCCAAGUUGUAA